AUGGAUGCGAGCACGACGGAGCGCGUUGCUCAAAAUGAGCCUUUGAUUACGCUGGUUUAUAGCAAGCGUGCUAUAUGGGAUCAGGAGUCGGUGCUGUAUAGAAACAGCGAUCUGAAAGCGAAUAGCUGGAAAUUUGUCUGCACAGGGAUGGGCCUCACGGAGAAAGAUGAAGACAUCAGGGCUGUCAUGAAAAGGUGGAGAAACCUUUGUGAUACAUUUGGCAAAAAGCUGAAAGAGAUGAAGAAAAGGAGUAGUGCUGGGGCAGCCGAGCCCGCUUUAAAAUGGGCAUACAUCAGUCAAAUGCUCUUCCUUCGGGACAUCAUGGAGCCACGCGUGACCACCAGCAACAUUGAACUUGACGUGGAAAAUGAAAACUCGGUGCAAGAGGUCCUGCAAGGCUACGAGGAGGAGCUGGAGGACAGCGCAUCACAGAUACUUUCCGCCAUCGUAGACGGGCGUGGCAGCGACAGCCCUGCGCACUCGGCCUCCUCUACCCCCACCCACUCCCCGCAUGCCCCUCCUACCUUGCCUUCCCAAUCUGCCGCUCUUCACCCUCAAGCUUCCACCUCCGCUCCAUGCCGUUCCCUUCCUUCUCCUCAGUCCGUCUAUGCUGCUUUUGCAAACCCUGUCUCUCCAAACACUCUUUCCGGCACAUCACGACCGCCCAGUCAAAAGAGAACUACUAACGACACUGAGCUCAUCCAAGACAUUGACCGGCAGUUACAGAACAAAGAAACUCCGUCCCAACAGUUCCUCCUUUCCCUGUCUAGCCAUCUGGACAUUGUGCCAGAGCACCUCUACGGUUACUGCAAAAUACAUUUCCUGGAUGUGGUGUUACAGUACCGAAGAGGUGUAAUACCUACUACCCUAAUGCAGGUGCAAGGACCGCAAAAUAAUGUACAGUAG